UUUCACACAUGGGGUGAUGAGGCGCAGAGGUCAGUGACUGACUCACUGGCGGUCAGGGAACAACCCCAGGAGUCCUGGCUUACAGCCCUACAGCUGGAACCACUAGAAACACUGCAUUGCAUAAGGACUGGUAAAGUUGCUUAAAGAUUUACACAUGAGACCAUCUGCUUACUUCUAGCAAGUGGCUCAGCAGGCCAAGAGAGAUCAGGUUUGGCAAUGAUCCUUGCUGCCCUGUUCUUCAGAAUAUGUAACCACAGCAAUGGGACCAUAGACGCUAGAAAGGAAACUUCUAGGCACCACUUCCUUCAACCCUCCUCAUGUUCAGAAGUGGCCAUGGUGCAUGGGUGUCUUAUCUUACAGAGUGAAAAUCCCAUCACGACGAGUGGUACAAAUCCAUCCCCUUGGCACGAGUUACUGAAACAAUCCCUACUCAGAGAGUUGAGAGAGAGAUCUACAGCAUGGCACCGAUGAGAUAGAAGCAGAGACUUUCAAGGAACAAGGAAAUGCUUAUUAUGCCAAGAAAGAUUACAACGAAGCGUACAACUACUACACAAAAGCCAUAGACGCAUGUCCUAACAAUGCCAGUUAUUAUGGUAACAGAGCAGCCACCCUAAUGAUGUUGGGGAAGUUCCGGGAAGCACUGGGAGAUGCCCAACAGUCAGUCCGAUUGGAUGAUACCUUUGUACGGGGACAUCUACGGGAAGGGAAAUGUCACCUCUCUCUCGGGAAUGCCAUGGCUGCCAGCCGCUGCUUCCAGCGAGUUCUAGAACUGGAUCACACGAACCCUCAGGCACAACAAGAGUUGAAGAAUGCGAACGCCGUGCUGGAAUACGAGAGAAUAGCUGAAAUUGAUUUUGACAAACGAGAUUUCAGGAAGGUCGUGUUCUGCAUGGACCGUGCUUUGGAGUUCGCUCCUGCCUGUCAUAGGUUCAAAAUCCUCAAGGCCGAAUGUUUGGCACUGCUGGGUCGCUAUCCAGAAGCACAGUCUGUAGCGAGCGACAUCUUACGGAUGGACUCCACAAACGCAGAUGCCCUUUAUGUCCGAGGUCUUUGCCUUUACUAUGAAGACUGUAUCGAGAAGGCCGUGCAGUUCUUCAUCCAGGCACUCAGGAUGGCCCCUGAUCACGAGAAAGCAUGUCUCGCCUGCCGAAAUGCCAAAGCACUUAAAGCAAAGAAAGAAGAUGGAAAUAAAGCUUUUAAAGAAGGCAAUUACAAACUAGCAUAUGAACUGUACACAGAAGCACUGGGGAUAGACCCAAAUAACAUAAAAACAAAUGCCAAACUCUACUGUAACCGGGGGACAGUUAAUUCAAAGCUUAGGAAACUAGAAGACGCAAUAGACGACUGCACAAAUGCAAUAAAACUGGAUGACACGUAUAUCAAAGCAUACCUGAGGAGAGCACAAUGUUACAUGGACACAGAACAAUACGAAGAUGCUGUGAGGGAUUAUGAAAAAGUUUACCAGACAGAGAAAACAAAAGAACACAAGCAAUUCCUAAAGAAUGCACAGGUGGAACUGAAAAAGAGCAAAAGGAAAGACUACUAUAAAAUCCUCGGGGUGGACAAAAACGCCUCCGAAGACGAGAUCAAGAAGGCCUAUAGGAAACGGGCACUCAUGCAUCACCCAGACCGGCACAGUGGGGCGAGUGCAGAAAUACAGAAAGAAGAGGAGAAGAAGUUCAAAGAAGUCGGAGAAGCCUUCACCAUCCUGUCGGAUCCCAAGAAGAAGGCUCGCUACGACAGUGGGCAGGAUCUGGACGAGGAUGGCAUGAACAUGGCAGAUUUUGAUGCUAACAAUAUCUUCAAGGCUUUCUUUGGUGGGCCAGGUGGCUUCAGUUUUGAAGCUUCUGGGCCAGGAAAUUUCUUUUUCCAGUUUGGCUAAAAUAAAAACAUACAAACCACAUACACCCACCUGAAAUCCUCGUUUUAACCUUGAAUACGGACAUAAUUAGACUCCUGCCUUCAUCAUGUCUCAUUGUACUUAGAGCAGUUUCAUUUUCUCAGUUGGAAACCUCUCUGUUGUGUGCUUUGUGUGAGAAGAGGAAACCAGCGCUGAAGAGAGGGGCGGGGAAGGCUUGUGAAUUUUGUUUUACUGUUAACUUUAUUAAAAAAAAUAAAAUGUUUUGAAUCUUUUGGUCCCUCCAUGCUGGCCCCUGUUUUCAGACUGUUCGGACUUCUUCCAGGGUCUUGUUGCUGGCAACCCAGCUUGUUCAUGGCUCCUUUCGGUUGGUUCCAGAGUGCAGGAUGGCACCACAUCAGGGUUUGUGGAACCCCAUUUUUACUUGUAAGUAAUUGAAUCGUAACCGAGUUUUUCUAACCUCCAAGCAGCUACGUCCUGUUUGCCAGCUGCAGUUUCGUUUGCCAUGGCUCUACGAGAAUGUACACCCGGGCAUUCAUGUAAAUGACAAAUAGGGAUCUUUAAUGUUUUUUCGUACUGGAGAGAAAUCCUCCUUCAGAUUUAUGGGAGCCGUGGAUAUGAGAGAACUCCCUAUGGGGCAGCUAGAAAUAAGCACUCUAAAUGCUUCCACUCCAAGACGCCCCAUCUUUGUUUAAGGGGAUAUUCAAAUUGGUCUGGGGUGAAUUUCUUUGCAGUUCCUCUUUCAUAAUUAAUUCACUCAAUCAUUUAAUUGCAGUGUAUGUGAUUAAAACAUGGCUUUGCUAGGUUGGGAUUGGUUUGUUUCUACGGUCUAAAAACACCCUUUAUGUUUAUGAUGUUUUUCCAUAUUGCAAAUCCAUAAUGCGGGCUGCCUGUUUCCAACUUGUAAAAAAUGCACAGCAUGUUUGAAGACUGGUUACUAUGGGCAACUGUUGGUAACGUUUACAGAAAUUGUCUGUUUUUAAUGUAACACAACUGUGUGAGUUUUAAAUGGCAUUCCAAGUAUUUUACAGGAACAAAGAAAUUCCAAGUUAUGGCAGAAACUCUGGGCUGAUGGUGCAUAACUUGCCUCACUGCCUCUUUGUGCCAGCGUACGUGAUCUGUUGAUGAGCUAAAGCCAGAGUUGCAUGCUGACGCGCUAUCCCGAACUCAGAAUUGACGUGCUUUUAGAGCAUUGCCUGACUUCUCAUACUAAUACUGCCCUUUGUUGUUUCCUGUGGAUUUGGGGUCAGACCCUGAUAUUGGCUGUGAGGGGAGUACGUCUUUGUAGAACAAUUUCUUCUUCCAUAUAGUAAAGAGCUCAUGUGAAUAGUCAUCUCCGCUGAAUGGAGGCUCCAUCCAAGUCAAGUACCACCUGGGAAGUAGUUUUGGAGUUUUUCACAGUAGCCUUAUAUCUGAUGGGAUUUUCAAUGGCCUUUACCAUAGAUGUGGAGUUGGCGUUUGUAGAAAGUCACUGGAUAAUUGCUAGAUAAAUGCUGACCAGCACUGGCCCAAAGGGGCAGAACCGUUUUUGAGGGAGAUUUUCUUGUGAUUGUGUUAAACUUCAAUUGCUGUUUUGUAGAGACAGUUGUUGAAAAGUUGCAUUCUGAUUGGCAAGAGAACAGAUGGGUUGUGCAUAAAAGUAAAUGUAAGGAUGUAUGGACCACUUUCUAUCCAGCAGAUCUGAUUGGCUGACACUUUGUGUGUGUGUGUGUGUGUGUGUGUGUGUGUGUGUGUGUAAUAUUACAGAAAACAAGGUUUACAAUGAAAUUCUAGCAUAAAAUAAUUGACUUUCAGUUCACAUUUCCUUGAUAUCUUCCCUCCAGUCAAGGGCUAGACCCCUCCUUCAAUUCAGUUGGCUGCAGGAUUGCCAGAUUGCAAUGCCAGUCAUGUGUCUCUCACAGAUGGCAUAGAAAUGCAGGGUACUGCCACCAACACAGUAAGUCAUGCUGCUACUUCUCUCCGAAAGAUGACAAUCUGCUCUCAUGGAGGGCAGAUUUAAGGGCUUAAUUCCAGUUAUUGCAGCCCAAUAUCAGCAAAGGAAGUUCAAAAACCAGCAUUUAGACUGAGCCAGCAUUGAGAAAUGGUUUAGAAGACUGAGACCCCCACCGCGUUUAUUCUUCUCCCCUACACCAGUGUAACUUGAUGGACUCAACCUUGGGACUCUGGCGUAAGUGAGAGCAGAAUAAGGUGCUAGAAUCUUAUCAACUCCCGUAGGUUAAAUGUCUUGGGGCAUAGAAGUUGGUCUGCAUUUUGAAACUUUCUCUGGUUCGUCUGCAAAUCAAAGUUUACACGACAUCACUUCGGUGGGAUGUUCGAGAUUCACAAUUGUAGCAUCUUGCAUUUUAUUCACCCCUGCACCGUUUGGAAUCGUCUCCGAUUCUAUUAGCAGAGUACAGAGACAUUUCUUGCAUUUUGUUGAUGUUCUUUUUUUAGUUAAGUGUUGGCCGACUUCCCUGCUCCCCACUUUUAAAAAAGACAGUUCUUUUGGGGGCAAAGAGGGGACAUAUACACAGCAGAUAUUUAUAGAAACUGUACAUGAUUGCAUGAUUUAUUGUAGUUAAAUAUUAAUCUGGUGAGUGCCAAGACUUUUUUUUUAAAAAGCACUAUUGUGUGACUAAAAGUGAAUGCAAACAUCCAUUCACUUUGCAGAGUGCAUUACAACACUAGUGGAAAUUCAGGAAUUGUACUGUUAUCUCAGGACAGUAGCAAAUGAGUAUUGUGGCAUACGUAUGUUAAAACUGCAGCCUCCCUCUUGUGUUAGCACAGUCGUUUAGGCAGGUGGAACUGUUUCUUUCGGACCGUAUCUGCCUAGCUGAGUGUGUGGUUUAAAACAUUGCAUUCACACUUUACAGCUACUGAGCAGGAUUGAUUUUCUAGAUUGUAUUUCGUAAGUCGCCAACAGGGAGCCUUGAUGCCAUUUGUCUGACUGCUACAUCUAUUCUCUUGUGUCUUCCCUCUGGCUUGUUCGGAGUACAGGAUGUAGGAAUUUGCCACUGUAAGUAGCAGGUCUCUUAACCUGACAAUGUGUUCAAGCUUUCUAUAGGUGGUAGAAGACAAAGCUGAUGUAGGCGGUAAUUCCCAUAACAGGCAGAGUGGGAAAAUGGAUUAAUUAGACCUUAUUUAGAGCUGUGCUCUUCCUUUUCUGACUCACCUGUGGAAUAUAGGCUUUAUUUUCCAUGUGAAGGAGACUGGCACUCAAAGAUCCUACUCUUCAUGAAACACACGUCUUAUUUUUUGAAGUCAGUCUUUACAAUGGUAAAUUACUAACUGUAUUUGUGGCACAACAGGAAGCCCCUGAAUCUGUUUUUAUUCUGAAAAGUGACUAAAAAUGCCACCAUGCAGUUCCCUGCGUAGGGAACCUCCGUUAUUCCGGAGCAGCCUGGCUUAGUUUUACAAGUAAACAGCGGUUUUUUCCUUAGCCUGGAAUCUGGAAGUUGAGUGGCUCUUAAAUCACCACUCCACAUUCUGCUAUUGGAACCUAAUUAAGAAUCCUCUGGAGCGGGCAUGAGCCAAAACAGAACCUUGCUUUCCCACAGCUGCAGGCAGUGACUCCGGUAGGAAAAGGAAUAGAGAGUUGUUGUUCCUCUGAAGUCAGCAGAUAUGACAAAAUACACCGAGAACUGAGUUCAGUGAGUGGCAUGGUCACUUGUUAGGACACCUGAGAUCAAGGACCUUAAGAGACAAGCUACAGAGACGUAUCUGCUUUUUAAAAGCCCACACAAAUGUACCUACUGGUAUAAAGUCAAACUAAUCUCGGUUAUUCUAAAAAACAUUUGUUGAAAUAAGAGAACUGUUAAGGAUUUUGCUUUCCCCUGUAGUGCUCUUGUGAUGUCCCUCCUUGUGACCAAAAUAUGAAGUUUCUGAGCUGCAGUUGGGUUAGUCUCAGGUAAUCCAGCCCAAGUCCAGUCAAAAUGAAAGCAGGAGACGCUGCAUUUUGUUAAAAAUCUGUCCAUGUGGUGUUUGGAGAUGCUUGUGUGUGGAAUGUCUAAGGUCUAAAGGCAGGCUACAUUUAGACUGGCAAACCUGGGUAUAUUCCUCCUUCCCCUUUCUCAGCACUGGCUUUACUUCCAGGAAUAACAGGUCUAUUGGCAGUAACUCCUGCAAGAGGUGAUAUUAGUGUUGGGUUCAAAUCCUGGUCAGGCACAGACACAACCCGAACGCCAAAAAAUGAGUUUUAAAGAACAUUAAGGUGCUUCUAGCCCCCUUUCUGUGGGGUCUUUCUUGGCGGUUUUGGCUGCUAUGCUGUGUAAGGGGGAGUGCUCUUUAUCCGUACACUUGGUGUUUCCAUCCGAGGAUGGAUUUUUAUUGGAGCUACAGGCUUUGACUGUUUAAUGCAAAUUGCAUUUGUAAAUAAUUGCAUUAAAGAUUUUUGGGGCAACAUACAUUGGUUCAUGAAGUACUUAAUUAAGUCCCUAGAGCACUUUGGCGUCCAGCUAGAAUGAGGAUUGAGAGCCACUUGGCUGUAGGUUCUUUCCAGGGAUCAGUGUUUAACCAAACUGGUCUUCAGAUAAAUGACUGACUGAAGUAUUCAGACCACACAGUGGCUUGCUGUCUUGUCAGAUUACCUCCUCGCUUCUUUAACACUAACAGUUGGCAAUAGAUCUGCUUUGAGUAGACUUGUGUUCUUCCAGCUUAAGUUUGUGCCUUGUACCCCACCCCCUGCUCAGAAAAACAAACAAGCUUGUGUGUCACACCACCUUUAGAUUCCCCUGGUCUAGUGCUAAAGUCCAGCUCCCUCAGUACUAAAACUGGUUCUGAAAAGCAACAAACCCAACGCUAGUAAGAACUGUGACCCUGCUCGAAAUCGCAUGUCAUUUACAUGCAACAGCUGCUCUGUUGGGAGAUUUUCACAUUACUGCCUAUUUCCCAGAAUAGAGGAACAUACAUGUGGGUUGAGAUAAUAGGUAGGUAACCUUUUGGCUCUAGUUUGCCCCAGCUGUGCACACAGUGGGAUACGAUCUUCCCUUCUCCUUUGAAUAACUUCCCGGUAAAGCCGGGCCCUGGCGCACACAGCUGCCCUGGGUCUGAAUGCAGAUUAUUAGCUGGAGUGCUAAGGUGGCUUGUCGUCUAUUCCACAAGUGGCAGACUGUUGUUGGGCUAGAGCUUUGGUUGAAUCAGAGAUGGCACAAAAAUACUGUAGUUUGUCAAGAGCUUGUUGGCUUUCCAUCUUUCCCCUUCUGUGGCUGGGCAGGCACUGCGCCAGCCACUCUUAAAUUGAUAUCCCUGCUUUCACGUAAUGGCUCGUGCUACACAAGCAAAGUGAAAAUGGUAAGAGUGUGAAGCAAUGUUUUUGCAGUGCAAAAUGGCCACCUGAACACCUUUUGUUGCAUGCAUAAUAUCGGCUUUAUUGUCAAGAGAUGUUAAGGAGUACUAGAGACAAAAGCGGAUAUGCUGAUGUGAAGCCACUCAGAGGACGUUAGCCCCCAUGCUGUAGUAUUUAAUUGAAUUUAAGGAAUAGAUUCUGUAUGUUUACCUCAGUGUAAAGAUUUAACCUUUCCCUUGAGAGGAAAGGUUAUUGCAUGAAGCAAUCUGUAUUCUAGAUAGCUUUCCUAACUGCCCAACCCUCUUCAAGGCAGGCUUCACAUUGGUAUAAACACUGUCCCUCUUUGGGCCCUUUACCUUUCUAGGAUGUGAAGGGUAAAAAAAUGUGAAUAUUUGUUGUUUACUUCAUUAGGCAUAAUUCAUAUGAUGUGUUUAUAUGCAGACUCUCAACCAGACUGAAGCAAAACCAUAUGCAAUUGGUUUAUUAUAAACUGUAUAUGAUGUACAAACUAAUAAACACUUAAAUGAUGA